AUGUUAUAUUCAAUAAUUUCAACUGUUUAUUGGGGAGGUCUUAUAGUUGGUGCAGGUGUAGUGGGAUUGCUGUCUUUAGUGUAUAUUGGUCAAGAAAAGUUGAUCUAUUUCCCAGAUACAUCGCAUUUCCUCAAUCCGACAGACUAUGGUUUCACAUCAGACAACUUUGAAGAGAAUAUAUUGACUGCAAAAGACGGUACAAAGAUACAGACUUGGUUUUUUAAACAACCACAACCAAAGAAUGCACCUACAAUGUUAUUCUGUCAUUCAAAUGCUGGAAAUCUAAGUCAUAGAUUACCAAAUAUAAGACAUUUGUAUGAUAUUGUUAGAUGUAAUGUUUUGAUCAUAUCCUAUAGAGGCUAUGGAAAGAGUCAAGGUGUACCAACCGAGCACGGUAUAAAGUUAGAUGUUGACGUAUCGAUGGAGUUUCUUUUAUCCGAUGAAUCGAUUGACCACGAUAGAAUAUUUGUAUUUGGAAGAUCACUUGGUGGUGCCGUAGCUGUCGAUGCUUCAUCAAGAUAUCCAGCUAUUAUAAAAGCAAAUAUAUUGGAGAAUACAUUCUUGUCGAUUCCAGAUAUGGUAGAUGUAGUAUUACCACAGUUGAAAGUAUUUAAAUUGCUUUGUAAGAACAAAUGGUCAUCGUUUGAAUUGAUCAGAAAUAUUAAAACUCCAACACUUUUCUUGUCUGGAAAGAAAGACGAGUUGGUGCCAUCCACUCAUAUGCUAAAGUUGGAAGAGCUCGCCGAUCAAUGUAGAAAGAAAAUGAUUAUAUAUGAAAAGGGACAACACAUGAAUUUAAUGAUGCAACCAAACUAUUACAAACAUAUUAGAGAAUUUUUGGAAACUGUAUUCGUUGUAGAACCACCACCUUAUAGAUAUAGACCAAUCACUUUGGAAGUAUUAAUAGAUAGUUUGCAAGUCAAUAGUUUCAUUGAUAAUAUUGUUACAGGAACAUUCAAAGUCGACAUUGAUGUUCAACAUUAA